AUGAGAUCCAGAACAGGUUGCUUGACAUGCCGCCAGCGGAAGCUCAAAUGCGAUGAACAGAAGCCGGUAUGCGGGCAAUGCACCAAGGCGAAUAGAGAGUGCGUGGCCGGCUCUGGUAUAGUCUUCAGACACCAGCAUAAUGCCUCAAUGAAUAAGGGGAACGGUGAUGGUGAGGGUGCUGGGCUGAAGGCAUUCUAUGCGUAUAAGAACACCUUUGAUGAGAGGAGCGUUUGGGUCGAUGUGCCGAAACAAGUGACCUUCGUGAACCUGACGGAUCCCUACAAUGAACCGUCGUCGCCAGAGCCGGAGCCCCUCGUGGACACACCUGCUACCCACUCACACUCGUCCUUCGAGCCCUAUAUCGCUUCUCCAUGGCAAGGGUCAAUUCAUCACAAUGGCAGUCCUUCGAUCCAUGGACUGCAAGCUCUGUCUGCUGCCGCCUCUUCGAUGGUAGAUCCGCCAACUUCCCAACCUGGAUCCGCGAACUCACACAACCUCAACUUCAUUCUAAACCCCAUGGUGGCGUCGCCGGCAUCACUACCUGUUGAUCCGGACCUGCAUUCUCCUCCAUUCCCGGCUCAGGUACGUGAUUUUGAAGCGAGGUCAGCUUCGUCUACUCUGGACCAGGUCUCGCAUGGGGCGAAUCACGUGGGAAACGGACCGGAGAUCCAGCAUGAGUUGGCCUACCUGCUGCGCUACUUCUCAGAAGGGCCAGGCCUGUGGAUGGAUCUAUUCGAUCUAGGACUCUACUUCUCUUCCUACGUCCCUGCAAACUCCUUAACAAAUCCGCUAUUAAAGUACGCUGCCGUGGCUUGCGCCGCCAAAGCGCUGGGCAGAAUCCGUGGCCAAAAGCCUACCUUCGGUGGUAACGCAUCGUAUCUGGCGCAUACGGAGGUCUUUCCUGACGCACCCAGCGUCGACUGGUUCCAUAAAGCGACGGGCUAUUAUGACGUUGCGCUUUCACUGUUGCGCGAAGCUCUUCAGGACCAACCCUUGGCUCGCAGUCCUGGAUCAGCUGAUGAUCAUCGCAAUAAAAGACGCCGACUGUCUAGCCUGCCACUUUCUCGGACGGAUUCCGAUGAAGUGCUUGCGGCAACAGCCAUCUUAUCCGUCUACGAAUUCCUUGAUGCGUCUGGGCCGGAAUGGUCGAGACACUUGAACGGCGCCAAGUCUCUGCUUGACAUCGCAAAGGAUGGCAUGAUGCCGCUACAGCUGCCGUCGCCGGACAGCCUUCAACCUCACGUAACCGGGCUGUCGAAGGCGAGGAAAGCGACAUUCUGGAAUCUCGCUAGACAGGACAUGCUUGCUGCCUUUAUUAACAGAACUCAUACUCGCCUUGACACAGAGGACCUUCCGAUGUGGAGAGACGCUGGUUUACUGUUAGACAACGAGGGCUUCAUCCAGGCAAGCAACACAACUGGAUCCGGGUAUCCAGAAGGCGCUGACAUGAUGAGGGAGGACAUGAUCUCCAAUGCCCUGAUCUGGCUCAUGUCGAAGCUUGUCAAUUUCCUCGCAGCUGGCGAAGAUUCGCCUUUCGUGUUUGACCGGCCAGGUCACGGGGUCAGCCAGAAGAUGCUCUUAGAGUAUUGGCAUCACCUCCAUCACCAAUUCAGAGUAUGGUACGACGGCCUUCCCAUAACAUUCAAGCCCUGCACCGAAGUCAGACUGUCUCGAAUAGGCGAAGCUGAGGCUACCGUCCCGGAAGCCUGGUAUUGCAUUUCCAUGUGCGCGUCAACAAUGCAGUCCUACCACAUGGCACAGGUCCAGCUACUGAUCAACAAACCGCAUGAAUCGACGCAGAAAGACGGGCUUUCGGUGUACGAUCGCGCGAAAUCGUACAGUGACAGCGUGCUGGAGUCGCAGAAGCAUAGCAGAGCGAUCGUUGGCAUCGCCUUGUCAAGACCGGAAGCUUCUGUACGCAUCCACUCCGUGCAGCCGCUUUACACGGCGGGGCAGUUGCUUUCAGAAGAGAAUGAAAGGAGGCUUGUCCUGAAACUGCUACGAGAUAUCGAAAAAGACACUGGAUGGGCGACGGAGUACAGGGUCCAGCACCUCCUAGAAAAAUGGGGAUGGGCUAACGACAGGACGGAGGAUGUUCGCUGA